AGUUAUCAUCUGCAGCAGAGCUCCGGCCAUGAGGUACCUUUUGAGGGUGUCACUCAAAAUCAAAUAGAAGAUCAUUUCAUUACAGUAGCUGCAAUGCUUCAGAUGAUACUUGCUUCAGUCUGACUCAUCACCAUGCACAGCUUUGGUGCAUCCAGAUGGGAAACCACCCUCUCCCUUGAUGUAAAAUUCAUUUGAGAAAGGACAUGGACAUGAGUUUGUUAUCUGUUUCUAUCAAAAUCCAAUGGAUGCCAUGGCCAAUAAAUACACCAACUCAUAAAUAUGAUAAAAGUAACUGAAGAAGGCCCUAUACAUAAGUCUUUAAGAUUUGGAGAAACAAAUCCUUACAAGCCUCCAAAAGAAUCUUCGUAAGAUUUCUGGAAUACAUUUUUUACAUUGGAGAGAAUGCUAAGAAAACAGACAAUUCAUGGAUUCCACACCUGCAGCUUCUCCAGUUGCCUUAUAUCCUCAUUUCCUUUUCACAAGGUUCCAAGGGGGGUAAAUCUUUAGCUGGUUACCUUACAUUUCCACCAGCAUCUCUGCUCCCUUCUGAAAAGCACCAUGGUGGCUGAUGGCCCAGAUUGCAAUGGGGAGAACGAUUUCUCAAAGCGUUUCUAUGCAGUCAUGUAUACAAUCAUCUUGGUUCCUGGGCUGAUUGGAAACAUUUUAGCCCUCUGGGUAUUUUAUGGGUACAUGAAAGAAACAAAGCGGGCUGUGAUUUUUAUGAUCAACCUUGCGAUUGCAGACUUGGCACAAGUUUUGUCUUUGCCGCUGAGGAUUUUCUACUACCUGUCAGAAAGCUGGCACCUUGGGAAGGAGCUGUGCAUGUUUUGCUUCUACCUGAAAUAUGUCAACAUGUAUGCAAGCAUCUACUUCUUGGUUUGCAUCAGUGUGAGGCGGUUCUUAUUCCUCAUGUAUCCCUUUAGGUUCAGCGACUGCAAACGCAUUUACGAUGUGUACGUUUGCAUUGCUGGGUGGAUUCUAGUCUGUGUUGGCUGCUUGCCAUUCCCCCUUCUACGACUCACCUCUAAUGAUACGCACAUUAGUAAUAAAUGCUUUGUUGAUCUUCCAGUAAAGGCUGUUGAUGGUACCAUCUCUAUAGUAAUGAUGUCCUUUGGUGAACUAGUUGGAUUUGUAACUCCUCUGCUGAUCAUCGUCUAUUGUUCGUGGAAGACCAUCUUAUCUCUAAAAGAAAAAAAUUCAAUUUCCCAAGACCUUGGAGAGAAACGGAAAGCUCUGAAGAUGAUCCUGACUUGUGCCGUGGUCUUUCUGAUUUGCUUUGCCCCUUACCACAUCAGCUUCCCAUUGGAUUACUUUGUGAAAGCUAACAAGAUAAAAGACUGCUAUGCCCGAAAAGUGAUUUUGAUAUUCCACACAGUGGCCUUGUGCCUUGCCAGCUUAAACUCUUGUGCAGACCCUGUCAUUUAUUAUUUUACCACAGAUGAGUUCCGAAGACGACUUUCAAGACAAGAUUUGCAGGACAGCAUUCAGCUCCAUAACACACGCUAUGGAAAUACAAAUGGCCCAGAGCAGCAGACCUCAUUUGGGUGUGUGGCAGAAAAUCCAAGUCCUACUGUUUGAAGUGGGUUAACCUGAUUCUAUGGGCUUAAAACUCUACUGGUAUGGCAAGAC